UUGCUGUACAAUGAAGCUAAAGCAAUGCCCCAACCAUAUUUUCUCAGACAAGAAAAUGAGAAAGAAACCAAAAGAAAAUCUAAAUCCCCCAACUAAAAAGUAAAGUAGAAGAAAGAGAGUACGGUUGGACAGACCGUCUUUGUCAAUUAGUGGACUCCUCAUCGUCACCACCAACAAAAAUAAAGAAAACAACAUCUCAACCCCAAAUUACACGGUCUCUCUCCAGUCCAUAAGAGACUCAAAAUUACACGGUCUAGAUACAAACGCUAGGCCACCAAUUCAUAUCAAAGCCCUAGCAUUUCACAAAUCUCAUAAUAAUUGGAAGAAGAAGAAGAAGAUAUGUACGGGAGAGAUCCGUGGGGAGGGCCGCUGGAGAUAAAUGCGGCGGACUCGGCCACCGACGAUGAUCGGAGCAGGAACCUACAGGAGUUUGACAAGGCGGCGCUGUCGAGGCCGCUGGACGAGACGCAGCAGAGCUGGUUGUUAGGUCCGGGAGAGCAGAAGAAGAAGAAGUAUGUGGAUCUGGGUUGUAUUAUUGUCAGUCGGAAGCUGUUUGUGUGGACUGUCGGGACGAUUCUCGCUGCUGGGUUUCUGGUAGGGUUUAUUACUCUUAUUGUCAAGACUGUGCCCCGCCACCACCACUCUCAUUCGCCGCCGGACAAUUACACCAUCGCGCUCGGCAAAGCCCUCAUGUUCUUCAAUGCCCAGAAAUCUGGAAAGCUUCCAAAGCAUAAUAAUGUUUCAUGGAGGGGAAACUCCUGUUUAAAUGACGGCAAGUCUGAUACAUCAGUAAUUAAGGAUCUCGUGGGUGGCUAUUAUGAUGCUGGAGAUGCCAUCAAGUUUAACUUCCCUGCAUCUUUUGCCAUGACCAUGUUGAGUUGGAGUGUAAUUGAAUACAGUGCAAAAUAUGAAGCUGCAGGAGAGCUCAACCACGUUAAAGACAUCAUCAAGUGGGGAGCUGAUUACCUUCUCAAGACCUUCAAUUCAUCUGCUGAUUCCAUUACCCAGAUAGCUGCACAGGUUGGAGUUGGAGAUACUUCAGGAGGGCCGACUCCUAACGAUCAUUAUUGUUGGAUGCGUCCUGAGGACAUUGAUUACGUGCGGCCUGUAUCUGAAUGUCAUAGUUGCUCAGACCUUGGUGCAGAGAUGGCUGCUGCUUUAGCAUCCGCAUCUAUUGUUUUUAAAGACAACAAAGCUUACUCAAAGAAACUUUCCCAUGGUGCAAGAACCCUCUUUAAGUUUGCUAGGGAGCAGCGUGGCAGGUACAGUGCAGGUACUGCAGAAGCUGCGAUUUUUUAUAAUUCUACUAGUUAUUGGGAUGAGUAUGUCUGGGGUGCGGCUUGGUUAUAUUAUGCUACUGGAAACUCAUCUUAUCUUCAACUUGCUACCACUCCUGGAAUUGCCAAACAUGCCGGUGCCUUCUGGGGAGGCCCCGAUUAUGGCGUACUUAGCUGGGACAACAAGCUUGCUGGAGCUCAAGUGCUUCUAAGCCGUUUGAGAUUGUUCUUGAGCCCGGGGUACCCAUAUGAAGAAAUUUUGAGGACAUUCCAUAACCAGACCAGCAUAAUUAUGUGCUCGUAUCUACCAUAUUUUACAAGCUUUAAUAGAACAAAAGGAGGCUUGAUUCAAUUGAACCAUGGAAGGCCGCAACCACUUCAAUAUGUGGUCAAUGCAGCCUUCUUGGCUACCGUCUACAGUGAUUAUCUUGCAGCUGCUGAUACCCCUGGAUGGUACUGCGGGCCCAAUUUUUACUCGACAGAUAUCCUGCGUAAAUUUGCGGAGACACAGAUUGACUACAUCCUUGGUAAAAAUCCUAGAGGGAUGAGUUAUGUGGUCGGUUUUGGCAAUCAUUAUCCUAAACAUGUCCACCAUAGAGCUGCAUCAAUCCCCAAGAACAAGGUCAAGUAUAACUGUAAAGGAGGAUGGAAAUGGAGGGACAGUACGAAGCCGAAUCCAAACACAAUUGUCGGAGCCAUGGUUGCUGGCCCUGACAAGCAUGACGGUUUCCACGACGUACGUACUAACUACAAUUACACAGAGCCAACAAUCGCAGGCAAUGCCGGUUUAGUUGCUGCCCUGGUAGCUCUCUCAGGUGGCAAGACUGUCGGGAUUGACAAGAACACCAUAUUCUCUGCAGUUCCGCCAAUGUUUCCAACUCCACCUCCGCCUCCAGCACCUUGGAAACCGUGAGAUGCUGACUUAAGUCUCUUGUCAUUGUUGUUCUGUCGUGUGACUCAUGGGUAGAUAUUUUUGUGCAAAAGAAUUUUGAUGCGGCUACAAAAGAAUGAGGUAUAUGAUGGUUUACAAUCUCUGAAGAUGGCUGAGUUGGGAUGGGGCUAUGAAUUAUGAACUCAUUGUUGGGUUGGUAGUCUGAGGUUGUUUUUCAGUUGUAGUUUGUGAUAUACAAUGCAUGUCUGUUUGUAUGUAUGUAUGAAAUCAGUCAUGUAUUCUUUCAAAUACUAAUAUUUGAACAGCUUGAAGUUGUUUACAAAUAAUAAAGUUUCAAAUGCCUAAUGAUGACUUAUAUUUAAA